CGGGGGCCGGGCGGGAUGGCGGCUGCCGAGCGGCGGGGAGGAGAAGGAGGCACCGGGGGCUGCGGGUGCAAAGGGAUCCGCUCCUGCUUGCUCUGCGAGGCCGCCCCGCCUCCGCAGAAAAGUGCAAACUUUGUUUAUUGCCCGCAGACCGGCUUCGCCAUGGGAGAAAAGCAAUCGGAAUUUGCUGGUUGGGCCUUCAUUUUUCCAGGAGUGUUUUUGUUGGAAGACUUCGUAAGUGUUGAUGAAGAACACAAAAUGGUUGAGCUGAUGGAUCAAAAUGACUGGAAGCCGUCGCAGUCUGGCCGAAGAAAACAGGACUACGGCCCCAAAGUGAACUUCAAGAAGCACAAAUUGAAAGCGGGUAGUUUUGCUGGGUUGCCCAGCUUCAGCCGGCAGAUUGUGACACGGAUGAGGAAUCAUUCUGUGCUCGAGGGCUUCUCUCCUGUUGAGCAGUGCAACUUGGAUUAUGACCCCGAGCGAGGAUCUGCUAUUGACCCACACUGGGAUGAUUCGUGGCUUUGGGGGGAGCGCCUGGUCAGCUUAAACUUGCUCUCAGCCACUGUACUUUCCAUGUCUUGUGACUUAGAGGACAGUCUCCAGUUAUUUCCUGUCUUCCUUCAACCAUGCAAGCAAAUGCACAGCUCUGGAUCCCCUGAAGCUUUUCAGGACCAUCAACCCCAUGAUCCUACUCCCACAGGAGGACUAAGAAGCACCACAAAGUGGGGAACGGAUUGUUCUUCUCCCAUAAAGUCAGUUCCAUCCAAAGACGUCACGGUCGCUAUUCAUUUACCUCGGAGAUCGCUGGUGGUUCUCUACGGACCCGCUCGCUAUAAAUGGAAACAUGCCAUUUAUCGCGACCAUAUUAAAAGCCGACGCAUCUGCAUCACCUUCAGAGAAUUGUCUGCAGAAUUCAGUCUUGGAGGAGAACAGGAAGAGCUGGGUAAAAAACUCCUUGGAAUGGCUCUGACGUUCCAGGGAACACCCGUGUAAGCAUUCGAAGGAAAGAACUGAGACGCUUACUUGUUUGGCUCACUGGAAAUUAAAGUUCAGGGCGUUCAUAAACUUCUUGUUUUUCUGAAAA